GACCCGGCGCUGAACGUGGGGGACUUUGAGUCCCUGCGGGCCCCGCUCGACAUCCCCAUCCCUGACCCUGCCAAGGAGAAGGCAAAAGCCGAGCGCCGCAAGAAGGAAGAAAAGAAGGAAGAGAAGAAAGACGAGAAGAAGUCGGAGGAGGAGGAUAAAGCGCCCCCCUGUGGCCCCGUGAGCAGCAACGAGACGGUUGUGGGGCUGGUGAGCCGAGUGAAAGCCGAGAUCCAGGGCGCCAAGGAGGAGCUGGGGCUGGUCUCUGUCUGGGUUCAACUCCAGGUGCCCCGUAUCGAAGACGGCAACAAUUUUGGGGUCGCAGUCCAGGAGAAGGUGUUUGAGCUGAUGACGGCCUUGCGGACGAAGCUGGAAGGAUUUCAGACCCAGAUCUCCAAGUAUUUUUCCGAGAGAGGCGACGCAGUGGCUAAAGCGGCCAAAAAUCCUCACGUGGGUGAUUACCGGCAGCUGGUGCACGAAUUGGACGAGGCGCAAUACGCUGAGAUCCGGCUGAUGGUGAUGGAAAUCCGGAACCUCUACGCCAUUCUCUACGACAUUGUGGUCAAGAACUUCGAGAAGAUCAAGAAGCCACGGGGCGAAACCAAAGGCAUGAUCUACUGAGUGACCUUUCACCUCCGGCCUCCACCAAUCACAGGGCGAGUUGGGAAGAGAGGCAAAGGCGGGAUUCCUGUCUCGCCGCCUGCUGCUGAUCAGAAAAAUAGAGCUUUAGGGGUUUCGCGGCCGGUUUUGAUUUAAAAAAAAAAAGAAAGAAAGAAAAG